AUGAGUCUCGUCAGGAUGCCACCCACUCGAGAUGAGUUCGAGGGGGAAGACGAGACGCUAGGACUGCGAUCCGGUCAGCCGACCGAUCAGCGCGGGCCGCUGUGCUCGUACGUGGCGGCGACGGCGCUGCUGCUGCUGGGGUGCGGGCUGGGGCUCGGAAUCAGCGCGCUGCUGUCGCUGCUCUUCCCCGCCACCUCCCUCCGCUUCAUCUCCGCCAACGCUCCCCCUGACGCGCUCGCGGACGCUCAGUCGCAACUGUCGUUCCUGGUCGUGGGCGACUGGGGUCGCAACGGCGACUACAAUCAGUCCAUUGUCGCGGAAUCGAUGGGCGAGGUGGCAGCGGCCAUAGACAGCAGCUUCGUGGUGUCGACGGGAGACAACUUUUACGAUGAUGGGAUGCAGGACAUCAACGAUCCCACCUUCGCCUCCUCCUUCUCCGAGAUCUACCAGGCGCCCAGCCUGCAGACCCAGUGGUACGCAGUGCUGGGCAACCACGACUACCACCGCAAUCCUGACGCGCAGACGGACCCGGCGCUGAGGCAGAGGGACCCGCGGUGGCGCUUCGAGAAGACCUACACUGUUGUGCGAGACACCUGCCCCAAGUUCCGCUACUUCGAGUGCAACCCGCUGCUGCAGCUGUUCUUCAUCGACACGUCCCCCCUGGUGGCGGGCUACUGGCACGGCAAGGCACACGAGUUUGAGAAGCUCAACUUCACAGGCCUCCCAGACGCCUCGCUCACCCUGCACUACCAGCUCACGUUGCUGCGUGCAGCGCUGGCGUCAUCAACUGCCACGUGGAAGGUGGUGGUUGGCCAUCAUCCCAUCCACAGCACGGGCAGCCACGGCAACACGCCAGAGCUGAUCAAGUUCCUCUACCCGCUGCUCAAGCGCUACAAUGUGGACAUAUACAUGAACGGCCACGAUCAUAACAUGGAGCUAUACAAAGACGUGAAUAGCACAUUAAGCUUUGACUCAAAUUCUAUCCGUUUAAACACUUUCCAUUCCAUCCCCCAUCCCCAAUCUCCCGUUUUCCAUCCCCCAUCCCCAAUCUCCCGUUUUCCAUCCCCCAUCCUCAAUCUCCCGUUUUCCAUCCCCCAUCCCCAAUCUCCCGUUUUCCAUCCCCCCAUCCCCAAUCUCCCGUUUUCCAUCCCCCAUCCCCAAUCUUCCGUUUUCCAUCCCCCAUCCUCAAUCUCCCGUUUUCCAUCCCCCAUCCCCAAUCUCCCGUUUUCCAUCCCCCAUCCCCAAUCUCCCGUUUUCCAUCCCCCAUCCCCAAUCUCCCAUUUUCCAUCCCCCAUCCCCAAUCUCCCGUUUUCCAUCCCCCAUCCCCAAUCUCCCGUUUUCCAUCCCCCAUCCCCAAUCUCCCGUUUUCCAUCCCCCAUCCCCAAUCUCCCGUUUUCCAUCCCCCAUCCCCAAUCUCCCGUUUUCCAUCCCCCAUCCCCAAUCUCCCGUUUUCCAUCCCCCAUCCCCAAUCUCCCGUUUUCCAUCCCCCAUCCCCAAUCUCCCGUUUUCCAUCCUCCAUCCCCAAUCUCCCGUUUUCCAUCCCCCAUCCCCAAUCUCCCGUUUUCCAUCCUCCAUCCCCAAUCUCCCGUUUUCCAUCCCCCAUCCCCAAUCUCCCGUUUUCCAUCCCCCAUCCCCAAUCUCCCGUUUUCCAUCCCCCAUCCCCAAUCUCCCGUUUUUCAUCCUCCAUCCCCCAUCUCCCGUUUUCCAUCCCCCAUCCCCAAUCUCCCGUUUUCCAUCCCCCGUCCCCAAUCUCCCGUUUUCCAUCCCCCGUCCCCAAUCUCCCGUUCUCCAUCCCCCAUCCCCAAUCUCCCGUUUUCCAUCCCCCGUCCCCGAUCUCCCGUUUUCCAUCCCCCAUCCCCAAUCUCCCGUUUUCCAUCCCCCAUCCCCAAUCUCCCGUUUUCCAUCCCCCGUCCCCAAUCUCCCGUUUUCCAUCCCCCAUCCCCAAUCUCCCGUUUUCCAUCCCCCAUCCCCAAUCUCCCGUUUUCCAUCCCCCAUCCCCGAUCUCCCGUUUUCCAUCCCCCGUCCCCGAUCUCCCGUUUUCCAUCCCCCGUCCCCGAUCUCCCGUUUUCCAUCCCCCGUCCCCGAUCUCCCGUUUUCCAUCCCCCAUCCUCAAUCUCCCGUUUCCAUCCCCCGUCCCCAAUCUCCCGUUUUCCAUCCCCCAUCCCCAAUCUCCCGUUUUCCAUCCCCCAUCCCCAAUCUCCCGUUUUCCAUCCCCCGUCCCCAAUCUCCCGUUUUCCAUCCCCCGUCCCCGAUCUCCCGUUUUCCAUCCCCCGUCCCCGAUCUCCCGUUUUCCAUCCCCCAUCCCCGAUCUCCCGUUUUCCAUCCCCCGUCCCCGAUCUCCCGUUUUCCAUCCCCCGUCCCCAAUCUCCCGUUUUCCAUCCCCCAUCCCCAAUCUCCCAUUUUCCAUCCCCCAUCCCCAAUCUCCCGUUUUCCAUCCCCCAUCCCCGAUCUCCCGUUUUCCAUCCCCCAUCCUCAAUCUCCCGUUUUCCAUCCCCCAUCCUCAAUCUCCCGUUUUCCAUCCCCCAUCCCCAAUCUCCCGUUUUCCAUCCCCCAUCCCCAAUCUCCCGUUUUCCAUCCCCCAUCCCCAAUCUCCCGUUUUCCAUCCCCCAUCCCCGAUCUCCCGUUUUCCAUCCCCCCCCAAUCUCCCGUUUUCCAUCCCCCAUCCUCAAUCUCCCGUUUUCCAUCCCCCAUCCCCAAUCUCCCGUUUUCCAUCCCCCCAUCCCCAAUCUCCCGUUUUCCAUCCCCCAUCCCCAAUCUCCCGUUUUCCAUCCCCCAUCCCCAAUCUCCCGUUUUCCAUCCCCCAUCCCCAAUCUCCCGUUUUCCAUCCCCCAUCCCCAAUCUCCCGUUUUCCAUCCCCCAUCCCCAAUCUCCCGUUUUCCAUCCCCCAUCCCCAAUCUCCCGUUUUCCAUCCCCCAUCCCCAAUCUCCCGUUUUCCAUCCCCCAUCCCCAAUCUCCCGUUUUCCAUCCCCCAUCCCCAAUCUCCCGUUUUCCAUCCCCCAUCCCCAAUCUCCUGUUUUCCAUCCCCCAUCCCCAAUCUCCCGUUUUCCAUCCCCCAUCCCCAAUCUCCCGUUUUCCAUCCCCCAUCCCCAAUCUCCCGUUUUCCAUCCCCCAUCCCCAAUCUCCCGUUUUCCAUCCCCCAUCCCCAAUCUCCCGUUUUCCAUCCCCCAUCCCCAAUCUCCCGUUUUCCAUCCCCCAUCCCCGAUCUCCCGUUUUCCAUCCCCCGUCCCCGAUCUCCCGUUUUCCAUCCCCCGUCCCCGAUCUCCCGUUUUCCAUCCCCCGUCCCCAAUCUCCCAUUUUCCAUCCCCCAUCCCCAAUCUCCCGUUUCCAUCCCCCGUCCCCAAUCUCCCGUUUUCCAUCCCCCAUCCCCAAUCUCCCGUUUUCCAUCCCCCAUCCCCAAUCUCCCGUUUUCCAUCCCCCGUCCCCAAUCUCCCGUUUUCCAUCCCCCGUCCCCGAUCUCCCAUUUUCCAUCCCCCAUCCCCGAUCUCCCGUUUUCCAUCCCCCAUCCCCGAUCUCCCGUUUUCCAUCCCCCGUCCCCAAUCUCCCGUUUUCCAUCCCCCGUCCCCAAUCUCCCGUUUUCCAUCCCCCAUCCCCAAUCUCCCGUUUUCCAUCCCCCGUCCCCAAUCUCCCGUUUUCCAUCCCCCGUCCCCAAUCUCCCGUUUUCCAUCCCCCAUCCCCAAUCUCCCGUUUUCCAUCCCCCAUCCUCAAUCUCCCGUUUUCCAUCCCCCAUCCCCAAUCUCCCGUUUUCCAUCCCCCAUCCCUAAUCUCCCGUUUUCCAUCCCCCAUCCCCAAUCUCCCGUUUUCCAUCCCCCAUCCCCAAUCUCCCGUUUUCCAUCCCCCAUCCCCAAUCUCCCGUUUUCCAUCCCCCCAUCCCCAAUCUCCCGUUUUCCAUCCCCCAUCCUCAAUCUCCCGUUUUCCAUCCCCCAUCCCCAAUCUCCCGUUUUCCAUCCCCCCAUCCCCAAUCUCCCGUUUUCCAUCCCCCAUCCCCAAUCUCCCGUUUUCCAUCCCCCAUCCCCAAUCUCCCGUUUUCCAUCCCCCAUCCCCAAUCUCCCGUUUUCCAUCCCCCAUCCCCAAUCUCCCGUUUUCCAUCCCCCAUCCCCAAUCUCCCGUUUUCCAUCCCCCAUCCCCAAUCUCCCGUUUUCCAUCCCCCAUCCCCAAUCUCCCGUUUUCCAUCCCCCAUCCCCAAUCUCCCGUUUUCCAUCCCCCAUCCCCAAUCUCCCGUUUUCCAUCCCCCAUCCCCAAUCUCCUGUUUUCCAUCCCCCAUCCCCAAUCUCCCGUUUUCCAUCCCCCAUCCCCAAUCUCCCGUUUUCCAUCCCCCAUCCCCAAUCUCCCGUUUUCCAUCCCCCAUCCCCAAUCUCCCGUUUUCCAUCCCCCAUCCCCAAUCUCCCGUUUUCCAUCCCCCAUCCCCAAUCUUCCGUUUUCCAUCCCCCAUCCUCAAUCUCCCGUUUUCCAUCCCCCAUCCCCAAUCUCCCGUUUUCCAUCCCCCAUCCCCAAUCUCCCGUUUUUCAUCCUCCAUCCCCCAUCUCCCGUUUUCCAUCCCCCGUCCCCAAUCUCCCGUUUUCCAUCCCCCAUCCCCAAUCUCCCGUUUUCCAUCCCCCGUCCCCAAUCUCCCGUUUUCCAUCCCCCGUCCCCAAUCUCCCGUUUUCCAUCCCCCAUCCCCAAUCUCCCGUUUUCCAUCCCCCGUCCCCGAUCUCCCGUUUUCCAUCCCCCGUCCCCGAUCUCCCGUUUUCCAUCCACCAUCCCCAAUCUCCCGUUUUCCAUCCCCCAUCCCCAAUCUUCCGUUUUCCAUCCCCCAUCCUCAAUCUCCCGUUUUCCAUCCCCCAUCCCCAAUCUCCCGUUUUCCAUCCCCCAUCCCCAAUCUCCCGUUUUUCAUCCUCCAUCCCCCAUCUCCCGUUUUCCAUCCCCCGUCCCCAAUCUCCCGUUUUCCAUCCCCCAUCCCCAAUCUCCCGUUUUCCAUCCCCCAUCCCCGAUCUCCCGUUUUCCAUCCCUCGUCCCCGAUCUCCCGUUUUCCAUCCCCCGUCCCCAAUCUCCCGUUUUCCAUCCCCCAUCCCCAAUCUCCCGUUUCCAUCCCCCGUCCCCAAUCUCCCGUUUUCCAUCCCCCAUCCCCAAUCUCCCGUUUUCCAUCCCCCAUCCCCAAUCUCCCGUUUUCCAUCCCCCGUCCCCAAUCUCCCGUUUUCCAUCCCCCAUCCCCAAUCUCCCGUUUUCCAUCCCCCAUCCCCAAUCUCCCGUUUUCCAUCCCCCAUCCCCAAUCUCCCGUUUUCCAUCCCCCGUCCCCGAUCUCCCAUUUUCCAUCCCCCAUCCCCGAUCUCCCGUUUUCCAUCCCCCAUCCCCGAUCUCCCGUUUUCCAUCCCCCGUCCCCAAUCUCCCGUUUUCCAUCCCCCGUCCCCAAUCUCCCGUUUUCCAUCCCCCAUCCCCAAUCUCCCGUUUUCCAUCCCCCGUCCCCAAUCUCCCGUUUUCCAUCCCCCAUCCCCAAUCUCCCGUUUUCCAUCCUCCAUCCCCAAUCUCCCGUUUUCCAUCCCCCAUCCCAAAUCUCCCCUUUUCCAUCCUCCAUCCCCAAUCUCCCGUUUUCCAUCCCCCAUCCCCAAUCUCCCGUUUUCCAUCCCCCAUCCCCAAUCUCCCGUUUUCCAUCCCCCAUCCCCAAUCUCCUGUUUUUCAUCCUCCAUCCCCCAUCUCCCGUUUUCCAUCCCCCGUCCCCAAUCUCCCGUUUUCCAUCCCCCAUCCCCAAUCUCCCGUUUUCCAUCCCCCGUCCCCAAUCUCCCGUUUUCCAUCCCCCGUCCCCAAUCUCCCGUUUUCCAUCCCCCAUCCCCAAUCUCCCGUUUUCCAUCCCCCGUCCUUAAUCUCCCGUUUUCCAUCCCCCAUCCCCGAUCUCCCGUUUUCCAUCCCCCGUCCCCGAUCUCCCGUUUUCCAUCCCCCGUCCCCAAUCUCCCGUUUUCCAUCCCCCAUCCCCAAUCUCCCGUUUCCAUCCCCCGUCCCCAAUCUCCCGUUUUCCAUCCCCCAUCCCCAAUCUCCCGUUUUCCAUCCCCCAUCCCCAAUCUCCCGUUUUCCAUCCCCCGUCCCCAAUCUCCUGUUUUCCAUCCCCCGUCCCCGAUCUCCCAUUUUCCAUCCCCCAUCCCCGAUCUCCCGUUUUCCAUCCCCCGUCCCCAAUCUCCCGUUUUCCAUCCCCCGUCCCCAAUCUCCCGUUUUCCAUCCCCCGUCCCCAAUCUCCCGUUUUCCAUCCCCCAUCCCCAAUCUCCCGUUUUCCAUCCCCCGUCCCCAAUCUCCCGUUUUCCAUCCCCCAUCCCCAAUCUCCCGUUUUCCAUCCUCCAUCCCCAAUCUCCCGUUUUCCAUCCCCCAUCCCAAAUCUCCCGUUUUCCAUCCUCCAUCCCCAAUCUCCCGUUUUCCAUCCCCCAUCCCAAAUCUCCCGUUUUCCAUCCUCCAUCCCCAAUCUCCCGUUUUCCAUCCCCCAUCCCCAAUCUCCCGUUUUCCAUCCCCCAUCCCCAAUCUCCCGUUUUCCAUCCCCCAUCCCCAAUCUCCUGUUUUUCAUCCUCCAUCCCCCAUCUCCCGUUUUCCAUCCCCCGUCCCCAAUCUCCCGUUUUCCAUCCCCCAUCCCCAAUCUCCCGUUUUCCAUCCCCCGUCCCCAAUCUCCCGUUUUCCAUCCCCCGUCCCCAAUCUCCCGUUUUCCAUCCCCCAUCCCCAAUCUCCCGUUUUCCAUCCCCCGUCCUUAAUCUCCCGUUUUCCAUCCCCCAUCCCCGAUCUCCCGUUUUCCAUCCCCCGUCCCCGAUCUCCCGUUUUCCAUCCCCCGUCCCCAAUCUCCCGUUUUCCAUCCCCCAUCCCCAAUCUCCCGUUUCCAUCCCCCGUCCCCAAUCUCCCGUUUUCCAUCCCCCAUCCCCAAUCUCCCGUUUUCCAUCCCCCAUCCCCAAUCUCCCGUUUUCCAUCCCCCGUCCCCAAUCUCCCGUUUUCCAUCCCCCGUCCCCGAUCUCCCAUUUUCCAUCCCCCAUCCCCGAUCUCCCGUUUUCCAUCCCCCGUCCCCAAUCUCCCGUUUUCCAUCCCCCGUCCCCAAUCUCCCGUUUUCCAUCCCCCGUCCCCAAUCUCCCGUUUUCCAUCCCCCAUCCCCAAUCUCCCGUUUUCCAUCCCCCGUCCCCAAUCUCCCGUUUUCCAUCCCCCAUCCCCAAUCUCCCGUUUUCCAUCCUCCAUCCCCAAUCUCCCGUUUUCCAUCCCCCAUCCCAAAUCUCCCGUUUUCCAUCCUCCAUCCCCAAUCUCCCGUUUUCCAUCCCCCAUCCCCAAUCUCCCGUUUUCCAUCCCCCAUCCCCAAUCUCCCGUUUUCCAUCCCCCAUCCCCAAUCUCCUGUUUUUCAUCCUCCAUCCCCCAUCUCCCGUUUUCCAUCCCCCGUCCCCAAUCUCCCGUUUUCCAUCCCCCAUCCCCAAUCUCCCGUUUUCCAUCCCCCGUCCCCAAUCUCCCGUUUUCCAUCCCCCGUCCCCAAUCUCCCGUUUUCCAUCCCCCAUCCCCAAUCUCCCGUUUUCCAUCCCCCGUCCCCGAUCUCCCGUUUUCCAUCCCCCAUCCCCAAUCUCCCGUUUUCCAUCCUCCAUCCCCAAUCUCCCGUUUUCCAUCCCCCAUCCCCAAUCUCCCGUUUUCCAUCCCCCGUCCCCAAUCUCCCGUUUUCCAUCCCCCAUCCCCAAUCUCCCGUUUUCCAUCCCCCGUCCCCGAUCUCCCGUUUUCCAUCCCCCAUCCCCAAUCUCCCGUUUUCCCUCCCCCAUCCCCAAUCUCCCGUUUUCCAUCCCCCAUCCCCGAUCUCCCGUUUUCCAUCCCCCAUCCCCGAUCUCCCGUUUUCCAUCCCCCAUCCCUGAUCUCCCGUUUUCCAUCCCCCAUCCCCGAUCUCCCGUUUUCCAUCCCCCAUCCCCAAUCUCCCGUUUUCCAUCCCCCAUCCCCAAUCUCCCGUUUUCCAUCCCCCAUCCCCAAUCUCCCGUUUUCCAUCCCCCAUCCCCAAUCUCCCGUUUUCCAUCCCCCAUCUCCAAUCUCCCGUUUUCCAUCCCCCAUCACCAAUCUCCCGUUUUCCAUCCCCCAUCCCCGAUCUCCCGUUUUCCAUCCCCCGUCCCCGAUCUCCCGUUUUCCAUCCCCCGUCCCCGAUCUCCCGUUUUCCAUCCCCCGUCCCCAAUCUCCCGUUUUCCAUCCCCCAUCCCCAAUCUCCCGUUUCCAUCCCCCGUCCCCAAUCUCCCGUUUUCCAUCCCCCAUCCCCAAUCUCCCGUUUUCCAUCCCCCAUCUCCAAUCUCCCGUUUUCCAUCCCCUGUCCCCAAUCUCCCGUUUUCCAUCCCCCGUCCCCGAUCUUUCAUUUUCCAUCUCCCAUCCCCGAUCUCCCGUUUUCCAUCCCCCAUCCCCAAUCUCCCGUUUUCCAUCCCCCGUCCCCAAUCUCCCGUUUUCCAUCCCCCGACCCCAAUCUCCCGUUUUCCAUCCCCCAUCCCCAAUCUCCCGUUUUCCAUCCCCCAUCCUCAAUCUCCCGUUUUCCAUCCCCCAUCCCCAAUCUCCCGUUUUCCAUCCCCCAUCCCUAAUCUCCCGUUUUCCAUCCCCCAUCCCCAAUCUCCCGUUUUCCAUCCCCCAUCCCCAAUCUCCCGUUUUCCAUCCCCCGUCCCCAAUCUCCCGUUUUCCAUCCCCCAUCCCCAAUCUCCCGUUUUCCAUCCCCCAUCCUCAAUCUCCCGUUUUCCAUCCCCCAUCCCCAAUCUCCCGUUUUCCAUCCCCCAUCCCUAA